CUCCCAUUAAAUGAAGUAUUUAAUCUGAGCGCACCAAAACGGUUAUGCUUGUAAAUAUAGACAAAGCCAGACAAUAACAUGUUGAAACCCAAACAGUUGCAAUGAAAAACAGUCAAAAAUAAAAGACAAAAUCCAACCAAUAUACUUUCUCAGUUCUAAAAUACCCGCAUCUGACAUAUUGUAUGAAAAAAUGUCGCUAACAGUAAUAACUAGCAAGUAUAAUGGAACGAAAUUAGUAGUAUAUAAAUAAUAAACCAUAGCAUAUUCUAUAUAAGAAAUUACAAACAAUUUAAGGAGUUUAUUGCAAAAAAAAAAUCUUUCAGUCAGAACAACACAAAAAAAUUGGUGGCUGUAGUGAAGUUUGGAUAAAAGAGUAAGACAUUUAGACCCACAUACAAAAUCCUUGACUGUAAGUUCCUAAGUCAUUAUUCCUGAUAUUUCUCACUUGAAUCAAAGUUUUGAGUUAUAAUCAUAUCUGUUUGGUAUCAAAUUGUUGCAAGAACUAACAUGGCGUUGUCCUCGGCCAAUGCCAAUGGGCAUAUUUCCAUGUCUUUGGCGUCGAGUAAGAAGGAUUGCAGAGUUGUGAAGUUUAGCAAUGGUGAGUUAAUGGGACUCAAGUUUAAGAAUUUUGCAUCCAGACAUACUCACAAUAAGGCAGUCCACAGAAAUGUGUGCAUGUCUAUUGCUGCUGAUUUUGCUUCUGAUGCUAAGCCUAAAGACAGUGAAGUGGAUAAAAAGAAUGCGAGGACAGUAGCAGCAGUGAUUCUCGGAGGAGGUGCAGGCACUCGUCUUUUUCCAUUGACAAAGCGACGUGCAAAACCAGCUGUUCCCAUUGGAGGGGCAUACCGGUUGAUAGAUGUUCCGAUGAGUAACUGCAUAAACAGUGGCAUAAACAAAGUGUAUAUCCUGACUCAGUUCAACUCUGCUUCCCUUAAUAGGCACCUUGCUCGAGGUUACAACUUUCGUAGUGGCGUCAACUUUGGUAAUGGCUAUGUGGAGGUUCUAGCAGCAACACAAACUCCUGGGGAUUCAGGCAAAACAUGGUUCCAGGGUACUGCAGAUGCUGUAAGGCAGUUUUGCUGGCUUUUUGAGGAUCAAAGAAGCAAGGAAAUUGAAGAUGUUCUGAUUCUCUCCGGAGACCAUUUGUACAGAAUGGAUUAUAUGGACUUCCUACAGAGUCAUCGCCAAAGCGGAGCUGAUAUCAGUAUUUCUUGCCUGCCUAUGGACGACAGUCGAGCCUCAGACUUUGGUUUGAUGAAGAUAGAUGACACGGGGAGAGUUUUAUCGUUUAGCGAGAAGCCUAAAGGCGACGAUUUGAAAGCUAUGGCAGUGGACACAACAGUUUUAGGACUGUCCAAAGAAGAAGCUCAGACGAAACCUUACAUCGCGUCUAUGGGUGUAUACAUAUUCAAGAAAGAAAUUCUAUUAAAUAUUUUGAGAUGGAGAUUCCCGACUGCUAAUGACUUCGGAUCAGAAAUAAUCCCUUUCUCUGCUCGAGAAUUCUGUACCAAGGCUUACUUAUUCAAUGAUUAUUGGGAAGAUAUUGGAACUAUCAGAUCCUUCUUUGAGGCAAAUCUCGCCCUAACUGCACAUCCACCGAGAUUUAGCUUCUACGAUGCAGAAAAACCAAUGUACACAUCGCCAAGAAAUUUGCCCCCUAGCAAGAUCAAUAAUAGCAAGGUUGUAGACUCUAUUGUAUCUCAUGGAAGCUUCUUGAACAAUUGUUUCAUAGAGCAUAGUGUCAUUGGCAUUCGAUCUCGCAUCAACGCUAAUGUCCAUUUAAAGGAUACAGUAAUGCUUGGUGCUGACUUCUAUGAAACAGAGGCAGAAGUUGCAUCCCUGGUAGCUGAAGGAGGUGUUCCAAUUGGCAUAGGAGAAAAUGCCAAAAUCAAGGAAUGCAUAAUAGACAAGAAUGCCAGGAUAGGAAAAAAUGUUGUAAUUUCAAAUUCAGAGAAAGUACAAGAGGCUGACAGAUCUUCAGAAGGGUUCUAUAUCCGAUCCGGCAUCACCGUCAUAUUGAAGAACUCAACAAUCAAAGAUGGGGUUGUGAUAUAACAAAUAACCCAUUAACAAAUCCUCUUUCAAGCAACAUAUAUGAAGAUGGAAUCCCAACAAGUAUGUUAGAACUGAAGGAAUAUGAUGAGGAUGAGAAUGGUGCAUGUUAUGAAUUUUGUAUCGGGGUCUAUAAAUUUCUGUAUCCUAAAUAUUGUCAUGGAAUGCUCAUGUUAUGACAAACACAAUUUAAUAAAAGGAAAACAACAAAGCUCAAAAAAAA